AUGUACUACAUGAUUGAUGUACACUGGUAAAUUAACUUUUGACAUCAAAUUUACUGUAAAUGUAUGUUUAUUAUUAUUGAUUAAAAUUGUAACUUAAUCUCUAAGUAUUAUUUUUGUGCAAACGUGUGGUCCUGGUGAAUCAAUGAUAGAGUUUAUUUUGAUUGCUUAAACUCAGAUCAAACUUCGUUUGUUACUCACGUUUUUUUAUGCACUAAAAUUAGUCGUUGCGUCACUCUAUGAUUAUAUUUGAAGCAUUCUUUGAAUACGACAUCGAAGCAUAAUUUAACAAACUGUAUUGUCUUACAAAGUCAUACAUUAUAAGUGCUUAUGGCUCAGGGCUACUAACCAUAGCAGAAAAUUAACUAAAUUUAUUAGUACAAUGACUACUUUGACACAAAAGUUUUCCAGUAUCAUUAAAGUCAAUAUUUCUAGAUAUAUUUCAUCCACAUCUAUCACUUAUGGGCACUGGAUAAGAGAUUAUGUGGCUGAAUCAGUGCCUAAAACUCUUGAAGAACGUUAUGCUGCUGCAAAAAAAUAUAAUUUACAUCCAAAAGAAUAUAAACUACACUCUGAAGAUGAAUAUUACGGUAUUGGAGACUACCCUAAACUACCAUUUAAAGGAGUAGCUGUACGAGAUCCUUACUAUCCUUAUGAUCUGCCGGAAUAUAAAAGGAAUUUUAAUGAGCCCGUUCAUUUUGAUAUCGAUAUGCUGGGAGAAGAUAGAUGUGACAUUGGUUUGAAGGAACGAUAUUCAAAAAAAGCGAUUAUUUUCAGUACCUUAUUGAUUUUUGGUUGUCUUUUUGGAUCAAGUUACGUUUCACUUUACGUUCCAAUGUUUCAACCAGUGGCCGAAAAGCAGUAUCCAUGGAUUGGAAAAGCUUAUUAUACUUUUGAAGAAUUGAAAUGAUAUUAUUAAAUGUAAAUUAUUUCCUAAAUCUUUGAGUAGAAAUAAAA